GACAACUUUCUUCCUGCCCCUGGCCACCUCUCUGCCCACUUGCUUCCUCAGUACCCUGGUCCAGCUCUUCCUGCAGCGGCCCAAGAGCUCAGAGCUCCUCGUCUGACCUUCUAGUCAUGACCAGGACCAGGGCAGCGCUCCUCCUGUUCACAGCCUUAGCAACUUCUCUGGGUUUCAACUUGGACACAGAGGAGCUGACAGCCUUCCGUGUGGACAGCGCUGGGUUUGGAGACAGCGUGGUCCAGUAUGCCAACUCCUGGUGAGGCCCAGGUGGCGCUGGCCUUCGGCUCCAUCCAUCCUCUCCCUGCUCAGGGCCACGUGCCCCUGGCCCUGCCCUGUUAUUUGCAAACUCUCCUCUCUGUCUGGUGUAGCGACUGCCCUGGCUAAUGAAGAUUUGCCCUGAAAGCAGGCACAGCCUCACAGCUAACAUUUACAGAGCAGUAAGUGCAGUGCCAGGCUCAUCAUAGGUGGACGCUGACUGAGUCCACACGACAACCUGGUGGUGGUUGGAGCCCCGCAAGAGAGAACAGCUGCCAACCAAACGGGCGGCCUCUACCAGUGCGGCUACAGCACCGGUGCCUGUGAGCCCAUUGGCCUGCAGGUCCCCCCGGAGGCCGUGAACAUGUCCCUGGGCCUGUCCCUGGCGGCUACCACCAGCCCCCCCCAGCUGCUGGCCUGCGGCCCCACCGUGCACCACGGGUGUGGGAGGAACAUGUACCUGACCGGACUCUGCUUCCUCCUGGCCCCCACCCAGCUCACCCGGAGGCUCCCGGCGUCCGGGCAGGAGUGCCCAAGACAGGAGCUGGACAUUGUGUUCCUGAUUGAUGGCUCGGGCAGCAUCUCCUCUGGCAACUUUGCCAAGAUGAUGAACUUCGUGAGAGCUGUGAUAAACCAGUUCCAGAGACCCAGCACCCAGUUUUCCCUGAUGCAGUUCUCCAGUAAAUUCGACAUACACUUCACUUUCGAGGAAUUCAGGCGCACCUCAAACCCCCUCGACCUGUUGGCUUCUGUUCACCAGCUGACAGGGUUCACACACACGGCCACUGCCAUCCAAAAAGUCGUGCGCGAAUUGUUCCAGGCCUCACGUGGGGCCCGUGGGGAUGCCACCAAAAUUCUCAUUGUCAUCACUGAUGGGAGGAAAGAAGGCGACAGCCUGGAUUAUAAGGAUGUCAUCCCCAUGGCUGAUGCAGCAGGCAUCACCCGCUAUGCAAUUGGGGUUGGAUCAGCUUUUCAAAACAGAAACUCUUGGAAAGAAUUAAAUGACAUUGCAUCGAAGCCCUCCCAGGAACACAUAUUUAAAGUGGAGGACUUUGAUGCUCUGAAAGAUAUUCAAAACCAGCUGAAGGAGAAGAUCUUUGCCAUUGAAGGUACGGAGACCACAAGCAGCAGCUCCUUAGAAUUGGAGAUGGCGCAGGAGGGCUUCAGCGCUGUGUUCACGCCUGAUGGCCCCAUUCUGGGGGCUGUGGGGAGCUUCACCUGGUCUGGAGGUGCCUUCCUGUACCCCCCAAAUAUGAACCCCACCUUCAUCAACAUGUCUCAGGAGAAUGUGGACAUGAGGGAUUCUUACCUGGGUUAUUCCACCGAGCUGGCUCUCUGGAAAGGGGUGCAGAACCUGGUCCUGGGGGCCCCCCGCUACCAGCACACCGGGAAGGCUGCCAUCUUCACCCAGGUGUCCGGGCAAUGGAGGCUGAAGGCCGAAGUCACGGGGACGCAGAUUGGUUCCUACUUCGGGGCCUCCCUCUGCUCUGUGGAUGUGGACGGCGAUGGCAGCACUGACCUGAUCCUCAUCGGGGCCCCCCAUUACUACGAGCAGACCCGAGGGGGCCAGGUGUCCGUGUGUCCCUUGCCCAGGGGGUGGAGAAGGUGGUGGUGUGAUGCUGUUCUCCACGGGGAGCAGGGCCACCCCUGGGGUCGCUUUGGGGCGGCUCUGACAGUGCUGGGGGAUGUGAAUGGGGACAAGCUGACGGACGUGGUCAUCGGGGCCCCAGGAGAGGAAGAGAACCAGGGUGCUGUCUACCUGUUUCAUGGAGCCUUGGGACUUAGCAUCGGCCCCUCCCACAGCCAGCGGAUCGCCGGCUCCCAGCUCUCCCCCAGGCUGCAGUAUUUUGGGCAGGCACUCAGCGGGGGUCAAGACCUCACCCAGGAUGGACUGGUGGACCUAGCUGUGGGGGCCCGGGGCCAGGCGCUCCUGCUCAGGACGAGACCUGUGCUCUGGGUGCAGGUGAGCAUUCAGUUCAAACCUGCCGAGAUCCCCAGGUCUGCAUUUGAGUGUCGCGAGCAGAUGGUCUCUGACCAGAUCCUGGGACAGUCCAGCAUCUGCCUUUACAUUGACAAACGUUCCAAGAACCUGCUUGGGAGCCAUGACCUCCAAAGCUCUCUGACCGUGGACCUGGCUCUCGACCCUGGCCGCCUGAGUCCCCGUGCCACCUUCCAGGAAACAAAGAACCGGAGUCUGAGCCGAGUCCAAGUCCUCGGGCUGGAGACAUACUGUGAAACCUUCACCCUGCUGCUCCCGACCUGCGUGGAGGACUCUGUGACCCCCAUCACCUUGCGUCUGAACUUCACGCUGGUGGGCGAGCCCCUCCCUGCCUUCAGAAACCUGCGGCCUAUGCUGGCCGCCGAUGCUCAGAGAUACUUCAUGGCCUCCCUCCCCUUUGAGAAGAACUGUGGAGCCGACCAUAUCUGCCAGGACGAUCUCGGCAUCUCCUUCAGCUUCCCAGGCCUGAAGACCCUGCUGGUGGGGAGUAACCUGGAGUUGAACACAGAAGUGAUGGUGUGGAAUGACGGGGAAGACUCCUACAGAACCACCAUCACCUUCUCCCACCCGGCAGGACUGUCCUACCGCCACGUGGCAGAGGGCCAGAAACAGGGGCAGCUGCGUUCCCUGCGCCUGACAUGUGACAGCGCCCCAGCUGGAAGCCAGGGCACCUGGACUACCAGCUGCAGAAUCAACCACCUCAUCUUCCGUGGUGGCUCCCAGAUCACCUUCUUGGCUACCUUUGACGUCUCCCCCAAGGCUGUCCUGGGAGACCGGCUGCUUCUGACAGCCAAUGUGAGCAGUGAGAACAACACCCCCAGGACGAACAAGACCACCUUCCAGCUGGCGCUCCCGCUGAAGUAUGCCGUCUACACUGUGGCUAGCAGCCACGAACAAUCCACCAAGUACCUCAACUUCUCAGACUCUGAGGAGAAGGAGAGCCGUGUGGCCAUGCACAGAUACCAGGUUAAUAACCUGGGACAGAGGGACCUGCCUGUCAGCAUCAACUUCUGGGUGCCUGUGGAGCUGAACCAGGAGGCUGUGUGGAUGGAGGUGGAGGUCUCCCAGCCCCAGAACCCAUCCCUUCGGUGCUCCUCAGAGAAAAUUGCACCCCCAGCGUCUGACUUCCUGGCACACAUUCAGAAGAAUCCCGUGCUGGACUGCUCCAUUGCUGGCUGCCUGCGGUUCCGCUGUGACAUCCCCUCCUUCAGCGUCCAGGAGGAGCUGGAUUUCACCCUGAAGGGCAACCUCAGUUUUGGCUGGGUCCGCCAGACAUCACAGAAGAAGGUGUCGGUUGUGAGUGUGGCUGAAAUUACGUUCGACACAUCCGUGUACUCCCAGCUUCCAGGACAGGAGGCAUUUAUGAGAGCUCAGACGACAACGGUGCUGGAGAAGUACGAGGUCCACAACCCCACCCCCCUCAUCGUAGGCAGCUCCAUUGGGGGUCUGCUGCUGCUGGCGCUCAUCACAGCAGCACUGUACAAAGUUGGCUUCUUCAAGCGUCAGUACAAGCAAAUGAUGGAGGAGGCAAAUGGACAAAUUGCUCCAGAAAACGGGACAUAGACCCUCAGCCCACCCAAGUCUCUUUCUGUCGCCCAGGCUGGAGUGCAAUGGCGUGAUCUCAGCUCACUGCAACCUCCGCCUCCCGGGUUCAAGUAAUUCUGUUGUCUCAGCCUCCUGAGUAGCUGGGACUACAGGCGCCCGCCACCUCGCCCGGCCUCAUCUUUCUAAAAUACAGUUCUGAACCCGCUGCUCAUCCCCACCUGUCUUCAACGGCUCCCCAUUACCCUCAGGACAGUGUCUGAACUCUCCAGCUUCGUGGGAGAAGUCCCCUUCCAUCCCAGAGGGUGGGCUUCAGGGCACGCAGCAUGAGAGGCUCUGCGUCCCCUAUCACCCUAAUUUCCAGUGAAUUAGUGUCAUGUCAGCAUCAGCUCAUGGCUUCAUCGUGGAGCUCGCAGUUCCGAUUUCCCAGACUGAAUUGGGAGUGAGAUGCCUGCACGCUGGGUUCUGCAGAGCUGGCCUCCCGCGUGGGGCAGCAUGGCUGGCUGGGAGUGAGGAGCGCCCUCUAGGGAGGGACAUGGCCCCGGUGCAGCUGCAGCUCACCCAGCCCCAGGGGCAGAAGAGACCCAACCACUUCUAUUUUUUGAGGUUACGAAUAUAGUAACUGAAGAAAUGCCACGACAUGAUUUUUUUUAGUGUACUUUAAAUGUUUGUGUUAAUAAAUUAAAACAUACACAAAAAGA